GUUUCUGUCUGCGGUCUCGAGAGAAAAUGGCCACCGUAGUGUUUAGAAUGAUUUCUUUUGUUUGAAAUUAAAUUUUUGUAGUGCAAUUAUUAAGAUGCCAAGUGCAUCUAUAGCAGCUACUCGUGCAUAUGCGAGGAGAACGCGCAGAAAAGGUGGAAACAGGAUACCCGUCUCACGACCUGGUUCAGAACCAUGUGAGCCGCCUACGCCUGCUGUGGCCAGUGCAGGAGGAGUGGGUUUAACAGGUGCCUCAGCAGGACCGAGCACCUCUUACACGUCUCCGUACGAUUUGCGGCGGAAGUCUCCGUCUCAUCAUCCCAUCCUACCCUCUGCUGUUGUUCCUGGCUCGACCUCUAGUAGUUAUAUCUCAAUGCUUCCUGCUCGCAAGCGACCAAGACGUUCUUGCUCUCUUUCUAAUGAAUCUACCGGCUCUGGUACGAUCAGAACUGCAGCACAAUACCUCCAGUCGGACCUUCCCGAUGAAGUACUCCUUACUAUUUUCAGUUAUCUUUUAGAACUCGAUUUGUGUCGAGUAAGCCAAGUCUGUAAAAGAUUCCACACAAUAGCCAGUGAUACAGAACUAUGGAAAACUCUGUAUCAUCGCGUCUACGAAUAUGAUUUGCCAUUAUUUCAUGUUGGACUGUGCCGUUUUGAAUUCAUACCACCAGAAGAGAGUGAACAUGUGAACUCUUGGAAAGAAAGUUUUAGGCAACUGUAUCGAGGUCUGCACGUGAGGCCAGGUCGCACUUCUUUGUUGCAAAGUGGCCGUCGAUUACACUUCUUUAACACGAUACAGAGUGCGCUGGAUCAUGCGGAUGAAACAGCACAUCCAUCACCUAUAAUUUUUCUCCAUACAGGCGUUUACCGAGGAGAAUUCCUAGUUAUCGACUCAGAUGUUAACUUGAUUGGUGCGGCGUCAGGAAAUGUCGCCGAGUCAGUCAUCAUCGAGCGUGAAUCAGAAUCAACUAUCAUGUUUGUUGAAGGCUCGAAAAACGCCUAUGCGGGCCAUCUAACUUUAAAAUUUGCCCCAGAUGGAACAUCAAACACGCCACAUCACAAACAUUACUGUUUAGAAGUUGGUGACAAUGCUAGUCCAACCAUUGAUCAUUGUAUCCUGCGUAGUUCUUCUGUUGUUGGUGCUGCUGUCUGUGUAAGUGGAGUUGGCGCAAACCCCACAAUAAAACAUUGUGACAUUAGUGAUUGUGAAAAUGUUGGCCUAUUUAUCACGGACUAUGCUCAAGGAACGUAUGAGGACAAUGAAAUCAGUCGAAAUGCCCUGGCUGGAAUUUGGGUCAAAAAUUAUGCAAACCCAAUAAUGAGGCGCAACCACAUUCAUCAUGGACGUGAUGUCGGAAUUUUCACUUUCGACAAUGGGAUGGGUUUCUUUGAAGCAAACGAUAUUCACAACAACAGGAUUGCAGGCUUUGAAGUAAAAGCCGGAGCAAACCCAACAGUAGUACACUGUGAGAUCCACCAUGGUCAAACGGGAGGCAUCUACGUCCACGAAAACGGCUUGGGCCAGUUCAUCGACAAUCGCAUUCAUUCAAAUAACUUUGCAGGAGUCUGGAUCACCUCCAACAGCAACCCAACGAUUAGGAGAAAUGAAAUUUAUAAUGGCCACCAAGGUGGUGUCUACAUCUUCGGUGAAGGCAGAGGACUGAUAGAACAUAAUAAUAUUUACGGUAACGCCCUAGCUGGCAUCCAAAUAAGAACCAAUAGCGAUCCAAUUGUUCGCCACAACAAAAUCCAUCACGGCCAGCACGGUGGCAUUUACGUUCACGAAAAAGGGCAAGGGCUAAUAGAAGAAAAUGAAGUGUAUGCAAAUACUUUAGCUGGAGUUUGGAUCACGACUGGAAGCACGCCUGUAUUGAGGCGAAAUCGAAUCCACUCUGGGAAACAAGUCGGUGUAUACUUCUACGAUAAUGGCCAUGGAAAGCUGGAAGACAAUGAUAUCUUUAAUCAUUUGUACUCUGGCGUGCAAAUUAGGACUGGUAGUGAUCCUGUGAUACGAGGGAAUAAAAUUUGGGGAGGACAAAAUGGAGGUGUUUUAGUGUAUAAUGGUGGUUUAGGACGUUUAGAACAAAAUGAAAUUUUUGAUAACGCCAUGGCUGGCGUUUGGAUUAAGACUGACUCGAAUCCUACAUUGAAGCGUAACAAAAUAUUCGAUGGAAGAGAUGGUGGAAUUUGUAUAUUUAAUGGUGGUAGAGGAAUUUUAGAAGAAAAUGAUAUAUUUCGCAAUGCCCAAGCUGGCGUUUUAAUUUCAACGCAAAGUCAUCCAACAUUACGUCGAAACCGAAUUUUUGACGGUUUGGCUGCUGGCGUAGAAAUAACAAACAACGCAACUGCAACACUCGAAAGUAAUCAAAUUUUCAACAACCGCUUUGGUGGUUUAUGUUUAGCUUCAGGAGUUCAACCCAUUGCGAGAUUGAACAAAAUAUUUAGUAACCAAGAUGCUGUGGAGAAAGCAGUGCGGAAUGGACAAUGCUUGUAUAAAAUUUCAUCGUACACUUCAUUUCCUAUGCAUGACUUCUACCGCUGUCAAACGUGCAAUACCACAGAUAGGAACGCGAUUUGCGUUAAUUGUAUCAAAACGUGCCACGCAGGCCAUGAAGUAGAAUUCAUCAGGCAUGACCGAUUUUUCUGUGAUUGUGGAGCGGGAACGCUGAGUAACCAAUGCCAGCUCCAAGGUGAGCCCACUCAAGACACGGACACUCUCUAUGACUCCGCCGCUCCGAUGGAAUCCCACACAUUAAUGGUGAAUUGAAAGCCCCAAGUUGACCGUCGCUCGCUCGAAACCUCUUUUAGUCUUCACCUUGUGCCAACACUUGCGCAGACCCACCUCUGCGCGUUAGUUUUUAAUUAAUUGUUUUUGUUUCUCAACAUUUUGCUCAUCGAUUUUCAUCAGUUUUUUUUUUUAUCACCAUCAAUGCGUGUUUAUUUUUCUUGAUUUUUGUGUCUAGUUAUAUUUCUUUCAAAUUGAUUUCGUGUGUAUCAUAUUCACGUCGCACCACGGUGCGGCGGACUCUGUUGUACAUACCUGUACAUUAGCACUUAGCGUACCCUACGUGUCUAAAACUCUUUAAACUGCAAAAGAUUUUGUACAAAGUUGAAUUUUUGAAAUGCUUUGGAACUGAUAUUGGUUUUGUAUUCUCUCCACUGAAAAAUGUCUCACUUGCUGUAAAUAAGUUUGUUUUUGUCCAAAUUUGCAAUAUUCCGUUUGAGUUUGAGAUCGUUUGACUUCAUUUUAUGUGCAGUCUCCCUGAACGAAGGUGUUAGGUUAUCAAUGAUGCACUCUCUCAGAAACUUGGUUUCACUUUGACAACAGUACCAGAAGCCUCUUUAAAGUAUUCAAAAUUGAAACUACGCCAUUAGAUUUGAUGGGUAUUUUUGCCUCUUGUUUUGUUUUUCUUUUGUUGUUUAAAAUAUCUGUUAGAUUCAGAUAAAAAAUUCAAUCUACACUCAUUGGAACUGAGGCCAGCCAGUUAACCCUUUGUUGUUUGCAUAUUAUAUGGACUACCUAUCUUUCCCAGAGAAUUGGAAAAAAAAAAAAAAAAAAAAAAAAAAUAACAUAUUAGCAAAAUUUUUAGAAAAUGAAACCAGACCACUCCAAGUUUCUAGGAACGGUGAGAUCUUCUCUUCUUCUUUCCUUUCCAGAGCCUGCAACUACUAUUGUUACAUACAAAAUUUCGUAAACCUGAGAGUUUCACUAAGAAGAAAGAGAGGGAAAUCUGAUUUUAUACCAUUCCCUGCGAAUUACUACUGCUGGAUUUUUGUCAAAUACAAGUUAAUAACAGUAACGCAUUUUAUUGUAUUAAAUGGAAAAUUAAAUGUCUUUUUAAAGUAAAGUUCCUUAGAAAUGCACUACAACGCUGUUUUAAAGAUAUGCCAUUUUACCUCUUACUUGACUCGACAAAAAUAGCAAAGUUUACAUUUUGUUCUGGAAGAUCUUAGUAAUUCUUUUUAGACAUCCCAUGCAUGAAUAUGAUUAGUUGAAAGUUAGAGAUGUUCCUCUGAUUUUUUUCCUUUUUGCAAGAUGAUGAUGUCAGUCCUUAAAAUUUCCUUUAGGAAACUUUCCUCAGUGAUGUUCAGAGUUUUGCAGAAACAUUUAAUCCUGGUUGUUUUCUAUCUUGGUGACUUGUAUGAAAAAACGAGCGCUGAAUCGACGGAAUUUUUUGAGGGAUGCUGUACUUUAACUCUUCUUUAAUUAGUUGCAAUUUUAAGAUGAAAACUUUUUAGGUGCAAUAUAGUGUAAAUUUAUGUAGUUGUUAUUUUUGAGUGUUCAAGAAUGUGCUUCAAUUUUGUGCAUGAUGACACCACUGUUUACUCUUUGCUUUGUUUUGUUUUUCCACUUCUAUUCUAGUGUAAAAGGAAAGAUAAUUAAAAAUGAUAAAUAAAUUGUUUUGGACUGAAAUCGAAAGUAUUGAUCAAAUUCUUGAUUGUAAAUUGGUAAAGUGAUAUGAAAAUUUCAAAAUUGGAUGUGUUAAGAUGAAUGAUAUAUUUUUAGGAAAAGGAAUGUUAGUUUUGUUUUUCUUUGGCUCGUGAGGUUGGGACUUGAUUCUUCUUACUCGUUUUUCAAACUGCAUGUUAUUAUCAUUCAUCUCAUUCAUGUAAAUUUAAUUACGCUAUCCUUUUCUGUUCUCCUCGUUCUUUUUUGUUAAGAUGCUCAUGAAGCUUAUAUCAUGAGUGUUGUAAGUUGAACCAAAGUUCUCAAUUCCUAUGAACUGCAAUUUUUCGUUCCCAAGCAAGUUUAGUUUUAGAUGACUUCAUUCUAUUGGAUUCUUAGGAAAUGAUUGAGGAUACGUAUAAAAGUAUGAAAAAUAAGAUUGAAAUCGAAUAAAAGUUUUCCAUUUAUUACUGGACCAUUGAAUAAUUAAAAUCAUUGUAGUUAUUGGUCGGUUACAUUUGUUCUGGAAUUUUUGUUGUUUUUUGAAUGUUCAAUGUUCAAUAUUCAGUUAUCGAAAAUUCAAAAUACAAUAAUGCAAGUCUUGUAAACUGGGCACACCUGUACGAAUAAUAUAGUCUAUCUCUACUAGAAUUUUCCAAAAAGAUGUAUGUGCAAUAAAGUGGGACAAGUAAUUUACAGGCUGUAAGAAUGAACACCGAAUCGGAAGAGGAUUUGUGUGGCAAUGAUGGCAUAGAGAUGGCAAGAGACUAGAUGUAAGUAAAAACUUCUCAAGAUUUGAUUAGAAGCUAAAGUCUGUCAAGGGUUUUAAAUACUUUGCAGAAGUGUCCUAAAUUCCUUCCUAGAGUUUGUGCUUGAUUGAAUCUUCAGAGGUGUUAGCCAUUGUAAAAAUCAGGCCACCUCACUGAUUUUCUUUCCCCUUGUCUGAGCCCUACCUGAUACCUGCUACCAAAAGCAUGUCAUUACACUUAUCUCUUUUUUUAAAAUUUGUGAUAAAGAUAGACUUUCUGAUGUAUUCUUUUUGUCCUGAGUUGUUAUGAUUUUUUGGUGAAGGAUUAUUGAAUGUCAACAAGGCUAAAAACCUAGGAAAACUGGAAAAAGUUAAAAGAACAUGGUUAUCCCAAAAAUGUCAUCAAAUUACCUAGGUAAAAUUGGAAUUUUACCUUUUCACUCAGUUUUUUCCCAUCUUUUGCAUUUUCCCCACUGCAGAAAUCAAUAUCAUUGGAAGAUAUUAACUCUGAUGAGAAGACAGGUAACCUGAUGGCCAAGACAGGUAACCUGAGGGCCAAGACAGGUAACCUGAGGGCCAAGACAGGUAACCUGAGGGCCAAUUAAUUUCAAGAUUAAUGUUAGAUUGUUUCUUUUGAACUUAUUUCAUUCAAUCAAUGGAGGAAUCAUCGAAUAUCUUUUUUAUUUUGCGGUGGGAAAUGGUAAAUCCCCCCCCCCCCCCAAGUCAGUAGAUGUCCUGGCUUUGAACUAACACACUUGGACCGUACUGUUUGUCCGAAUAAUUUCCUUGUUGAAUUCAUUUUCUCAUCAUGCAGUUGUUUUCCUCCGCAUAAGGACUUUUGAAAUAUCUCAUUCAUGAGAAAUAAGACAUAUUAUAAUUGUUUAUUCAGACAUAAUUAAGAAUCAAAAUAUCAGUAAAUCAGUCGGAGAAAUCUCAGUUUGACUUUUUCUCGUUUACUCUUCGCCUUGUCUCAAUCAUGCCCAAAAUUUCAAAUUUUUAUCUCUGCUCCUGUUUUCUGUAGUCUUCAAAAUCUAUUCUGUACAAUAUGCACAUCGUGUGUAAAGUGUGUCAUGCAUAUUUUGAAUUGAAACACAACGUGCCAGAAUGUCAUUGUAAGAAAAUCGUGCCUAGGAGGUGAUUUUUGUUUAAAAUGAAGCACCAAUUUUUAUAUUUUUCGCUUAAAGCAAUUUUUUGUGAACAAGAUCAGUGCCCAAUCGUAGUUAAGAAAAGUAAGGAGGAAGUUUCACUUUUGUCUUUGUCUUCGCAAACCGUGCUACAUGUUUUAACAAAAUGUUCUUAACUUUGUAGAGCAUACGAAAUUCAUCACUGCGUGUUUUUGUGAAGUUUUCAACCACUGUGUCUGACUACGCAACUGCAUGCUAGCUCAUCAAACAUUGAAACAGGGUCAGACAGCCUCUGGAAGAAGUGGCAGUGUUUUUGCAGACCUGUCCGUAACAGUUUUAAAUAAGUCGAUCAAUUGCCUAUAUUGUCGGUGAAUUCGAACCAAAGUAUCUUGAGAUGCAACUUUACUAAACUGCUUCUGUUUUUACAUUUUAUUUUAUGGAAAGAAUGAAUCAGUAUUAUUUUUAUUUCUUUUGUAUGGAUUUUCUUUCCCCCUCAAAAAUAUUUUUUACAAAUGUAUGUGUUAAUGUUGGUUGGUUUUCUUUCAGGAAAAUACGAAGUGGGAAGAAAUUUUGAAUUAUCCUCAUGAAAAAACAUCAUUUUAUUAAUAUACUACAUUUUUUUUUUUCUUUUAAAUGCUUGCACUUUGCACUCCUCUUUGUCAGCAGUGUGCAUUCAUAAUCAAGGAAAGACAAGGCACUCACCGAAUCACUCUUAAGUUCUAUGAAUUUUUGGCUCACUGUUCAAAGCGUACCAAAACCAAUGAAUUUUUCCCUUGGAUGCCGUCGUGAAAUACGUGAUCCUAGAAAGAGCAGUUUUAAGAACUUCUGUUUUCCGUAGUUUGGCGUCCGUCAUUAAAAUAAGCCCAUCAAAAUGGGUCAUCAAUGCAACUGUUGAGUGUUGUCGAUCAAAAUUUAGAGGUGCCUCUAGUGUUCGAUCAACAUUAUUCCCAAGCAGAGUAUCAAAAGAUUUUUAUUUGAUGCUCUGUUCAGGAUACAUGUUGAUCAAAAAGUAGGGGCGUCUCUUGAUUCUGACUGACAACAUUCAACAGUCACAUCACUGACCCAUUUUGACGCACUCAUUCCCCAGGAGAAAGCCAAGCUUACCUAAAAAAUCUGCAAAUUUUUUUGAGCUUACCUUUCAACUGAAAGGUGCGCCUUUUAUUCAUAUGAACUUUUCUAGGUUUUUUUCCUAGUAGCAUCUCAAGAACAUUAAGUGGUAUUUUAGGCCUCUCUAUUUUUUCUAACUAAGAAUGGCUGUCUGACCCUUGUCAACUUCACAAAUUUCACUUGGUCUUAGAUCAUUAUUUCGAGCAUUUUCAAAGCAAAAACUGAUAACUUCAAGUGUAACUUUUUGUAAUAAAUGUAUCAUUACUGUCUCUGUCAUCAUUAUUUAUAUGAAAAACUGUAAAUAUGUAGUUUAAUCAAACUUCAUUGUAUGUACUAAGAAUUUUUUUCCGGAAUUUAAUGCUUAGCUAUUUUGUGUUUCAUAUCGUUUUUUUCACAAAUUAAAAUUAUUUAUUGUUUCCGUC